CGCCUGAGGGGGGGACUUUGGCCGCGCUGCCGCCGGCGGGGAAUGCUGAGGGUGGCCCCCCGGGCCCUGCUGUGCUGCCCCCCGAGAGCCUCGAGAGCCCCCCAGAGCUCCAGCACCACAGGCAGCCCCGCGGCCAUGGCAGCGCCCCCAGACGCCGCGGUGUCCCCAGGCCCGUUGGUGGCGGUGGCACAGGUGACAUCCACGGCGGACAAGGAGCACAACUGGCGGCAGUGCUCGGCGCUGGUGCGGCGCGCGGCGGCCGCGGGGGCCCGCGCCGUCUUCCUGCCCGAGGGCUUCGACUUCAUCGGGGACAGUCCCCAGCACAGCCUGGCGCUGGCAGAGCCACUGCACGGGGACACCGUGGGGCGCUACCGCCAGCUGGCCAGGGAAUGUGACGUGUGGCUGUCCCUCGGGGGUUUCCACGAGCGUGGCCAGGACUGGGACAGCACCGGCCGGAUCUACAACUGUCACCUGCUGCUGGACAACUCGGGCGCGCUGGUGGCCGCGUACCGCAAGCUGCACCUGUUUGACGCGGCACUGCCGGGGCAGCUGGCGCUGAGCGAGAGCUCCUUCACCAACCCUGGCCAGGAGCUGCUGCCCCCCAUCGACACCCCCGUGGGCAAGCUGGGGCUGGCCGUGUGCUAUGACCUGCGUUUCCCGGAGCUGGCCCAGGCCCUGCGCGGGGCCGGUGCCCAAAUCCUGACCUUCCCCUCGGCCUUCACCGUCCCCACCGGGGCUGCACACUGGGAGGUGCUGCUGCGUGCCCGUGCCAUCGAGUGCCAGUGCUACGUGGUGGCCGCGGCUCAGACCGGCCGCCACAACGCCACCCGCGCGUCCUUCGGCCACUCGCUGGUGGCCGAUCCCUGGGGCGCCGUGGUGGCCCAGUGCCACGAGGGGCCGGGGCUCUGCCUGGCCCACAUCGACCUGGGCUACCUGGAGCAGGUGCGCAGGGACCUGCCCGUGCACGGCCACCGCCGUGGGGACAUCUACGGGACCCUGACGGGGACACCGGGGACGUGAUGGCACCCGGGGAACGGCGCCGGGUUUGGGUCGGAUCCGCUCGGAGUUUGCACCGGGUUUGAUUGUGUGUCCCCAAAAUGGAAUGGCACAGUGUGUCCUCCCUGCUCUUUUUGGGGGUCCCACAUCAGCCCCAAAUGUGCAUCAGCUCAGCCCCAAAUCAGUCCCAAAUCUGCAUUAAUUCAGCCCCAAAUAUUCCCUCAAAUCAGUCCCAAAUCUGCCCUUUUUGUCCCCAAAAUGGAAUGGCACCAUGUGUCCUCCCUGCUCUUUUUGGGGGUCCUAAAUCUCCAUCAACUCAGCCCAAAAUCAGUUCCAAAUCUGCAUUAAUUCAGCCCCAAAUAUUCCCUCAAAUCAGUCCCAAAUCUGCCCUUUUUGUCCCCAAAAUGGAAUGGCACAAUGUGUCCUCCCUGCUCUUUUUGGGGGUCCCACAUCAGCCCCAAAUCUGCAUCAGUUCAGCCCAAAAUCAGUCCCAAAUCUGCAUCAGUUCAGCCCAAAAUCAGUCCCAAAUCUUCAUCAAUUCAGCUCCAAAUAUUCCCCCAAAUCUGCAUCAGUUCAGCCCCAAAUCAGUCCCAAAUCUGCCCUUUUUGUCCCCAAAAUGGAAUGGCACAAUGUGUCCUCCCCGCUCUUUUUGGGGGUCCCACAUCAGCCCCAAAUCAGCACCAAAUUUGCAUCAACUCAGCCCCAAAUCAGUCCCAAAUCUGCCCUUUUUGUCCCCAAAAUGGAAUGGCACAAUGUGUCCUCCCUGCUCUUUUUAGGGGUCCCAAAUCUCCAUCAACUCAGCCCAAAAUCAUUCCCAAAUCUGCAUUAAUUCAGCCCCAAAUAUUCCCUCAAAUCAGUCCCAAAUCUGCCCUUUUUGUCCCCAAAACGGAAUGGCACAAUGUGUCCUCCCUGCUCUUUUUGGGGUCUCAAAUCAGUCCCAAAUCUGCACCAACUCAGCCCAAAAUCAGCCCCAAAUUUGCAUCAGUUCAGCCCCAAAUCAAUCCCAAAUCUGCCCCUUUUGUACCCAAAAUGGAAUGGCACAGUGUGUCCUCCCCGCUCUUUUUGGGGGUCCCAAAUCUCCAUCAACUCAGCCCAAAUUCAGUUCCAAAUCUGCAUCAAUUCAGCCCCAAAUAUUCCCUCAAAUCAGUCCCAAAUCUGCCCUUUUUGUCCCCAAAACAGAAUGGCACAAUGUGUCCUCCCUGCUCUUUUUGGGGGUCCCACAUCAGCCCCAAAUCUGCAUCAGCUCAGCCCAAAAUCAGUCCCAAAUUUGCAUCAGUUCAGCCCAAAAUCAGUCCCAAAUCUGCAUUAAUUCAGCCCCAAAUAUUCCCUCAAAUCAGUCCCAAAUCUGUCCUUUUUGUCCCCAAAAUGGAAUGGCACAAUGUGUCCUCCCUGCUCUUUUUGGGGGUCCCACAUCAGCUCCAAAUCUGCAUCAGCUCAGCCCAAAAUCAGCCCCAAAUCUGCAUCAGUUCAGCCCUGAAUCAGUCCCAAAUCUGCCCUUUUUGUCCCCAAAAUGCAAUGGCACAAUGUGUCCUCCCUGCUCUUUUUGGGGUCUCAAAUCAGUCCCAAAUUUGCAUCAGUUCAGCCCAAAAUCAGUCCCAAAUUUGCAUCAGUUCAGCCCCAAAUCAGUCCCAAAUCUGCCCUUUUUGUCCCCAAAAUGGAAUGGCACAAUGUGUCCUCCCUGCUCUUUUUGGGGGUCCCACAUCAGCCCCAAAUCUGCAUCAGCUCAGCCAAAAUCAGUCCCAAAUCUGCAUCAAUUCAGCCCAAAAUCAGUCCCAAAUCUCCAUCAACUCAGCCCAAAAUCAGUCCCAAAUCUGCAUUAAUUCAGCCCCAAAUAUUCCCUCAAAUCAGUCCCAAAUCUGCCCUUUUUGUCCCCAAAAUGGAAUGGCACAAUGUGUCCUCCCUGCUCUUUUUGGGGUCCCACAUCAGCCCCAAAUCUGCAUUAAUUCAGCCCCAAAUCAGUCCCAAAUCUGCCCUUUUUGUCCCCAAAAUGGAAUGGCACAAUGUGUCCUCCCUGCUCUUUUUGGGGUCUCAAAUCAGCCCCAAAUCUCCAUCAACUCUGCCCAAAAUCAGUCCCAAAUCUUCAUCAAUUCAGCUCCAAAUAUUCCCCCAAAUCUGCAUCAAUUCAGCCCAAAAUCAGUCCUAAAUUUGCAUCAGUUCAGCCCCAAAUCAGUCCCAAAUCUGCCCUUUUUGUCCCCAAAAUGGAAUGGCACAAUGUGUCCUCCCUGCUCUUUUUGGGGGUCCCACAUCAGCCCCACAUCAGCCCCAAAUCUUCAUCAAUUCAGCUCCAAAUAUUCCUCCAAAUCUGAAUUAAUUCAGCCCUGAAUCAGUCCCAAAUCUGCCCUUUUUGUCCCCAAAACAGAAUGGCACAAUGUGUCCCCCCUUUCUCUUUGGGGGUCCUAAAUCAGUCCCAAAUCUGCAUUAAUUCAGCCCCAAAUAUUCCCUCAAAUCAAUCCCAAAUCUGCCCUUUUUGUCCCCAAAAUGGAAUGGCACAAUGUGUCCUCCCUGCUCUUUUUGGGGUCUCAAAUCAGCCCCAAAUCUGCAUCAGUUCAGCCCUGAAUCAGUCCCAAAUUUGCAUCAAUUCAGCCCAAAAUCAGUCCCAAAUUUGCAUCAAUUCAGCCCCAAAUCAGUCCCAAAUUUGCCCUUUUUGUCCCCAAAAUGGAAUGGCACAAUGUGUCCUCCCUGCUCUUUUUGGGGGUCCUAAAUCUCCAUCAACUCAGCCCAAAAUCAGUCCCAAAUCUGCAUUAAUUCAGCCCCAAAUAUUCCCUCAAAUCAGUCCCAAAUCUGCCCUUUUUGUCCCCAAAAUGGAAUGGCACAAUGUGUCCUCCCUGCUCUUUUUGGGGUCCCACAUCAGCCCCAAAUCUGCAUUAAUUCAGCCCUGAAUCAGUCCCAAAUCUGCCCUUUUUGUCCCCAAAAUGGAAUGGCACCAUGUGUCCUCCCUGCUCUCCUUUUGGGGUCCCAAUUCAGCCCCAAAGUUCUUCCAAUUCUGCACCAAUUUAGCCCAAAAUUGACCCUGAAUCUGCCCCAAAACUGCUCCAAUUUCCACCAAAUGUGCUCCAAAUCAGCCUUUUUGUCCCCAAAGUGAAACAGCACAAGGUGUCCCCCCUUCUUUUUUGGGGAGACCCAAAUCUGCUCUGAAACUGCCCCAAAAUCAACCCCAAAUCUGCUUCAAAUCAGCCCCAAAUCAGCCCAAAUUUGCACUGAAUCAGCACUUGUGUCCCCAAAAGGGAUUUCUGCUUUUUUUUUUUUUGGGGGGGGGUCCCUUUUUUUAGGGGUUUUGACAGGGGAUGAAUUUCUUUCUAUUAAAAUUUGAAAAAUAUAAAAAUCCUAAAAAAUGA